AUGGCCCCUGUAGAGACUAACUACAUGAUCUAUGAUAAAGAGCUACUCGCGAUUAUUCGAGCAUUCGAGACAUGGCGCCUAGAGCUUACUAGCGUACCCCUAGAGGGCCUGUCCCAAGACCUCCCUAAAGGUUUUGAUGACGAGCGCGAGCAACAACAGUUUCAAACAGUCCUCCAGAACGAACACCUCGACGAGGACGUACAGAAGGCAAUCUGCGCGACCUUUGCCGUCACCACCCGCGCUCGCGUCACCACGGUUGAAGAAGCCCCUGAAGAACCCCCUGAAGCUGCCCCCGAAGCUGCCCUAGAGCCAGCCCAGUUAGUGGAUGAAUACGACGUCCCAGACCUCUUCUCAGACACUAACUCUGAGGUGAGCGAGCCUCCGGCCACCAUGCCUGACGAAGAUAUCCCUGGGGACGCCUAUAGGGACGUCACCCCCGAAGCAACCCCCAAACCAGAGGCUGAAGCCCCUGAAGAGCCCCUGGAGAACCUUAUCACGGAGGCCUACACGAAUGAUGAGCUUGUAUAG